GCAAUGUUCUAAACCCCGAAAAAUAUCAAACGCAUCUCUGGCAGGCAGCGGAUAAACCCGGAAGAAGAGAAGGAUGAGUGCGGCGUUUCAGUGUUUAUCGUGUGCGCGGACUGAACCUUUCCUCACACCACCUCAAUCCCUUACUCUUCCUUUCCAACGAAAACCAUUUUUCUGCUCUCUUCCUCUUUCCUCUCGCGCUCGUAACCUCUCUUCUUCAAUCGUCGCUGCUGCUUCCAAAAAGAGAAAAAACAAGAAAAAACUGUCUCGUCAUCAUGUUACUGAGGGCGGCGAGGAGGAUAUGGACGCGUUCGAGCUUCUCUUCAACCAACUCGAACAAGAUCUCAAACGCGGUGGUUUGUCAGAUGAUGAUGACGAAGAUGGGAUAACUGAAGAAGAGAUGGCAUUGCUUGAACGUGAGUUGGAAAAUGCCUUGGGGGACUUUGAUGAUGAAUUGUUGAACUCGGAUGUAAUCGACGUAGAACUUGGUAGUGAUCCAGAGAAUGGUGAUGAAGAUGAAGAUGAAGAUGAGGAUGAGGAUGAGGAUGAGGAUGAGGAUGAGGAUGACGAUGGUGAUGGUGAUGAUAGUGAGAGUGAGGAUGGAGAUGAAAAGCCACUGAACCUUAAGAAUUGGCAGAUGAAGAAAUUGGCCAGAGCUUUGAAAGCCGGCCGCCGCAAAACAAGUAUAAAAAAUCUUGCUGCCGAUCUUUGUCUUGAUAGGGCUCUUGUUCUUCAGUUACUUCGUGAUCCUCCUCCAAAUCUCUUAAUGAUGAGUCUUACUAUACCUGAUGAACCCGCAACAACAGCAGUAUCACUUGAAACUAAGCCCGGUGAGAUUCUCCUUCAAGAAACAAGUAUUGAUCAAGUUGAAUCUGAACCCGAGGCUAAAGUACCUGUUCAUACCUUGCAACGUAAUUGGUAUGCUCAAAAGCGAUUGAAGAAGGCCCAUGUUGACACUCUCGAGAGAGUUUAUAGGAGAUCAAAACGACCUACUAAUGCAAUGAUCAGCAGCAUUGUACAUGUAACAAACAUUCCUCGAAAAAGAGUUGUUAAGUGGUUUGAAGACAAACGUGCUGAGGAAGGAGUUCCAGAUCACCGUCUACCUUACCAGCGCUCUGUUCCUGAAACCGCUUGAAGAUUUGUCUUCGGUUCUGUUUUUGUGCUGUAAGAUCUGACAAAUUUUACAAUUGUGGUUUCACUAACUCUGGUAAUGUUUUUUUUUGGGGGGGGGGGGGGGGUAGCCAUGCGAGGAACAGGAAUUAGAAAUAGUGACGACAGUGAAAUACUGGCUAUUGAAAAUGGCGCUGCUUUCCUCUGAUGAAUUGCUUCUAUUGUCGAAUACCCAGAAGUUGUACCAGAAGGGGUCUUCUGGUUCUGUCUCGUAAUAGUCUUUUGAGCAAGAUGAUAUAGUUUCGGUAAACAUGUUUUGUUAAGACAGGUAGUGAAUAUCACAUAAAUGUAAGUUAUAAUUUUUGUUCAACCAACAUUAAUAAUAGUUUUAUUACUCAAGAUUAAUAAAGUUAUUUUUUAGUCAAUACAAA